AUUCUGAAGAUAUGUCCAAAAAUGUUGAAGGUCUCAACAAAGUAGAUGUUAAAGAAGAGGAACAAAGUGAAGACAAAGUCGAUGAGGUUAUAAAAAAUGAAUCAAGCGAAAGUGAGGAGGAAGAAGAUGAACAAGAGGAGUCUGGAAGAGGGCGCUUCAAAUCAGAGCGUCAGCCAUCAGUUGUGUCGCUUCCAUCUGUUCGAGGCAAACGAGAUAUACCAGAAACCUUAGAAAUUAGUAAAGAAGCCAAAGAAAAACUAGAUGCGUUCAAUCGCAGAAAAGAAGAAGAAAGACAUUCUAAACGCAAUCGACGUGGUGGCCGAGGAGGGCGUGGGGGUCCUCCUCAGCGCUAUGGCCACUCCCAGCGUGGUGGCUACACUCCUCAUGGUGGAAACUCACAGCGUGGAGGCUUUUCCCAGCAUGGUGGACCACCCCAACGUAAAGAUACGUCUCAAUAUGGUGGUCCAGGCCAGCGUGGUGGGUACCAGUCUCAAAUGAGAUUUCCUGGCCCAGGUCAGAGUGGAAUGAGGCCACAUCAAGGACUAAGGGGUAAUCAACCAAUGAGGGGCCAGCACCCACAGCAAGGAGCUCAACAUGUGCCUAUGGGAAUGAAUCCAACAAUGUUUGGACAGCAGGAGCAAAUAAGGCCUCAGAUUGACCAACAGCGGCAAAGGCCGCUAUUAAUGCCUAGACCACAGAUGCCUCAACAGCAACCACCUGGCCAUCAGCGCCCACGAAUAGAGACAUCUCCUCAAACUGUACCCCAGCAGGAGACGCCAGAGUCUCACCAGCCUAAAAAGAUCCAUAUCAACCCACAUUUCAAGGGUGCUGUCCAGGUCUCGUCACAUGGGCCAACGUGGAACAAUCCCAACUUAGCAGUGUCUGGUCCAGCGACAUCAUCACCGGCAGUCCCACCAAGGAUGCCUAAUCAAAACAGACCACCAGAUCAGUACAAUAGGCAACACGUCCCUCCCUCAUCAUCAUGGAAUCAGGCCCCAAGGCUGACCCCAGCACAAACAUGGACCAGCUCACAGUCAGGCCCUCAUCCGUACAGAGACAAUCAACCACCAGUAUCUAGUUCACAACAUUUCAGUCCCCCUCCCCAUAGGGGUCCUGGACCAUCACCACAAAUGACACAGUCCCAGAAUUCAUAUCCCAGAAUGCAGCAACCACAACAGAUGCAGCCAGCAAUUCCAAAUCGGCAACAGCAAUUAAGGCCAAGAGCAGCAUUCCCCCAUCAACAACCUACUUACCCCCCACGGCAACACCCAGGUAACUUCUCUGGCCCCCCUGUACAGAAUCAGCAUCAACAACAACGUAUGCCAAGCCAACAAGGAAUGAAUCAAGGUUCAUCAAGACCAAGGUUUCCUGGUACACCACAAGCUUCUCAGAGCCAGAGAGGAAUGAAUCCAGGAUCGGCAAGACCAAGGUUCCCUGGUACAUCUCAAAACCAGCGAGGAAUGAAUCCAGGCCCAGCAAAACCCAUGUUUACUGGUCCACCUCAAGCAUCUCAGCACUGCAGACAGCCAGCACCUCAGUUCAGACAGCAGACACCAAGGCUGAGAAGCCCAGUGAACAGGUCUCCAGGGCAUUCACCUUUAUCUCCAAGACAUAGCACUCCUCAGAGAACUGACCAGCCUCCUACACCAAAAGCAUCUCCUCAGUUAUUAGCACACCCACAAAAACUGAUUGAACAAGCAUCUGCAAAGUCUAUAGUACAAGUUAAAGAGGAGACUAAUGAAGAUGCUGAAACAAGGCGACUACGUAUACAAAUUGAAGAACAAAAGAAACUGCGAGAGGAGAUUAUGAAGCGAAAAGAAGAGCGCCGCCAACAACUAGCCGCCAAGCGUCAAGAAGCGCUGAAAAAACGCUUGGCAGAACAGGGUCACGAUGUUGCCAAAGCAACAAAGAAACUUGGUCUUCAGCCAGCAGCUGAAAAACCACCAGCAAAUAAUGUGAAUCCAGUACCUGAAUCCGCUCAACAACAUCAAGGGAGCACCAGGAAGACUAAUGAACAACUCCAGGAACAGUUUUUGAAGCAGAAAUUGAAUCAACAACGGCAGUAUCAUGAUCAAGUACAGCAACAGCAUCAACCUCAGCCAAUGCCUGAUGGCCCAGUAAAAGUGUGGAAGCAACAACAAAACCUAAAGGUUUUAGUUGAUGAGCCAAGACCUAUACCCACUGUUGGCUGUCCCGAACGAAUGGUGGCACCGCAAAGACCCAGCACAGGCAGCAUGAAUAGAGCACCAAACAGAGGACGUGGUCGAGGUCGUGGAAGAGGUCAGUGUCAUCCGUACCAGCACGCGGGUAACCCCAGUCAUCAAAACCAGCAAAUGCAUGGACACCAGAUUGAAGCUCAGCAUGGCCCUCCACAGCAGGUUCCAGCACAACAAUUUGAAAGCCCAGUGCAACAUCCUCCUGGUAAUGUGCCUCAAAGACGGCCUAUGCAACAGGCUAGAGGUGGUGUACAGGGUAGAGGGAGUGCAAUGGGGCGAGGUAGGGGAGGAUAUCAAAAUGUCGGACGAGGUAGGGCUCAGCAAGCAAGGAGAGGAAAUAUGCAUCAAGUUCCACAGCCAUCAGUGGGAAGGGGAAUGGGGCGAGUCCCGAUGCAGCAAGCUCCACCAGGCAAUGUGCAAGCUCAACCAGCUCCAGUGAGAAAGAGCGUAAAAGAAAGACUUGGACAACUUCCUGGGGCUUCAAGCCCUCAGCCUCAAAACUUUCAUGAAGUGCCAGGUGGCAACCAACAGAGAUUGGUUGUACCACCUGGACAGGUGAUUCAACAAAUUGUACAGCCACUAGUACAUCCAAGACAAAUAUUACAACGUCCAGUGCAACCAAACCCAAUGGAAGGGGCUAGGUUAGUUAAAACUGAACCUAUGUUGAAUAGAGUGUUGAUUGAGGGCUUGUCUGCAUCAACAGCAAGUCAAAAAAUUGUCCAGUUAACAAAAUCAGUUGGCCCUCUACAGAAUAUUCAUAUGAUUCCAAACCAGCGGAAAGCUUUUUUAACAUUUCUCAACCCACAACAUGCUUAUGUGUUCCAGUCAAAGUAUGAUAGACACAUGUUAGAUCUGUCCAUGCUGACUGUGAAGCUCACACCUGCCACUUAACACUGAGAACAAGUACAACCGAGGGUGUUUAAUAAUAGAGAGAUGGGGUAAGAAACUGACCAGAUAAGGAAGCUUAGCCAGCAUUCGGCAGAUCCUGUACUGGUGCCAGGUUUUUGUGCUGCUACCAGACUCCUGUCCUGCUGCUAAGGUUCUGCAUAACUGACGGGACCCAUACUAAUACAAGGUUCCUGCAUCAUCCAAAAUUUACCACCAUGAAAAAAUGGUUUGGUUUUUCUUUAUUAAUGAUUGUGUUGUAAAUAUUAUGUGAUUUUAAUGUAUUUCUCAUGCAAAGGCUUUGUUGUAGAAGGUGCUUCACGCCAUCUGUGGCUUUUUUUGUAAAAGGUGCUUCUUGUCAAUGGUAUCAUUCUAUCCUCUGUGAUUGGUAUCAUUGUUAAAGGAGAUUACCUCUGUGAUUUGUGCACAGUGGUUGCAGUUUAGGUUCUCAAGCUGAAGUUCAAAGGUUAAAACCUAUCUUUGUUUUGCCCCAUUCAAGUAUAUGAAUUGGUAACGGUGUAAUAAAAUAUGCUGGGCAAGCUAAAACAGAGUGCAGUUGAAGUGGCGAACCUCUUACAGCACUGUGUAUAACAUUCAGGAGUCUGGCCCAAAUGCCAAUAAAAGUGAGCAUGAGCUUAGAGAUUUAGAGCUCAGGGGAUUAGACUGUGUCUUCACCUUUCAUCUCAUUGUAGUAAAGGGCUUUUAACCUCUCUACUUGUCUUGUAUCUUGUAAAAAAAUUUCUUAAAUAGGAAUGAUGUGAUUUGAGGGCAGUAUAUUAGACCUUCAGAUUUUAAAACAUCUUUAACACCAUAUUAAAUAAAUUAGAAAUUUCAUGUGAAUGAGAAUACAAGAAAAUGCAGUUUUGUAUCAAGAAAUAAAAGGGAAAGAAGCAGAAGUUUAUUUUGGAAAACAAUGACAAUAACAUUUUGAACUCUUGAAUUCGACAUAGAGGAAUGUCUUUUUGUUGAAGAACUGUUGUCCAGAUAGAAGGUGUCAACAUUGUUUGGUGGAUUGUAUCAGCAUGAACUAAAAAAACAGAUGAGAAAAACACAUUUGACAUCUAAUUUAGUGAACAGCUUCAACAUGUAGAAGUUCACCAAGCCAUGUCUUGUUGAAAUCCAGCUACAACAGUUUGAAGAAGAAAUAGAGAUGAAAAAACUUGGUUUGCGAGUACAGACAAGUAUAAACAAGACAAGAACUGUGAAUUCCAAGAACACUCAAAAGAUCAAGGCUGUACCAUUAAAAUCUACUAAUCUUUACAGGCUGCUGUCUGCCAACAUUAUCCCUGAAGAAGUAACAAAGUAUCAGCAUACACAGAUUUCAAAAGUAUGUUGCAGACAAGAAUGUGAAGUGAUCAGACUGUAGAUACAUUGAUAGCUGGAUGUCAAGGGAAUGAUAUAUGGCUGUGUAUAAACUAAGCUAAGCCUUGCAUAUCACACAGUUUAAUCUUGUGCUGGGUCAUCGAAUGUUCACCCACACUUGACUGCAGACACAAAUAUUACAAUGUACUGAGUAAUUGAAGCUCAGCAAAGGCUACAUCAUCCAUUAAGUACAUAUGAUAAGGUUGUCAAUGAUGGAUGAAUAUUCAAAUGAUUAAAUCUUAAUAUAUUCAUCAUCUGCUAUGUGUUGAGACAUUCUUGGAACUAUCAAAUGGAAAAGAAAAAAAAGGACUUUUUUGAUAAUUUAAUGUUUCUUUAGUUUUGAUCAGUAAUUUUUUUUCUUCCGAAAAGCCAACCAUUUCCAUAUUUCCAAAUGCAACAGGCACAUUUGCUUGUAAUUCAUAUUAUUGUAAGUCAUAAAAUUAUGAUGUUAAGAAAUGUUAUAGUUAGCAUAAACUUGAAUGUAAGAUGGCUAUGUCUUCAAAUCAAUCUUCAGAAACAUUUUAAUAUUUUUUAGAAGCAAGUCUGGCAAAAUGCAAAAUUUUCUGAAUUAAUUGACAUACAUUUGUGAACCUC